GUUCAUCAGAAGAGAUGAGAAGCAGAGUCCAGCUGUGUGUCUAUGAAGAGUGACGCGUCUAUGAUGGAGCCAAUAAGUUCAGUUUAUCAGAAGAGAUCAGAAGCAGAGCCCAGCUGUGUGUCUAUGAAGAGUGACGUGUCUAUGAUUCUUCCAAUAAUGUUUAACAGUGGAGAAAAACAGCCUCAUCUUAGUUCAGUUCAUCAGAAGAGAUCUGAAGCAGAGUCCAGCUGUGUGUCUGUGAAGAGUGACGCGUCUAUGAUUCAUCCAAUAAUGUUUAACAGUGGAGAAAAACAGCCUCAUCUCGGUUCAGUUCAUCAGAAGAGAUCUGAAGCAGAGUCCAGCUGUGUGUCUGUGAAGAUUGACGCGUCUAUGAAUCAGCCAUUAGAUUUUAAGAGUGAUGAUACACAACAUUAUCGCAGCCAUGAACUCCUCAGCACGUUUAGGUCAAAUCUUCUGAAUAAGUUUGUGUGUCUGUAUGAGGGAACAGGGAUGCAGAGAAACCAAACACUCCUGAAUGAGAUCUACACAGAGCUCUACAUCACAGAGAGUGAGAGUGGAGAGAUCAGUAAUGAGCAUGAGGUGAGACAGAUUGAGACACAAUCCAGGAGAGCAGCAACAGGGGACACAGCCAUCAAAUGCAGUGACAUCUUUAGACCUUUACCUGGACAAGACAAAGCCAUCAGAACUGUGCUGACAAAGGGAGUCGCUGGCAUUGGGAAAACUGUCUCUGUGCAGAAGUUCAUCCUGGACUGGGCUGAAGGGAAAGAGAAUCAGGACGUCCAGCUCAUAUUUCCACUUCCUUUCAGAGAAAUCAAUCUGAUGAAGGACAAACCAAUCAGUCUUUCAGAUCUUCUUCAUGUGUUUUUCCCUGAAACUAAAGAAAUGGAAAUAUCCAGUGAUGAAUAUAAAGUGUUGUUCAUCUUUGAUGGUCUGGAUGAGUGCCGUCUGUCUCUGGACUUUAAGAGCGAUGUGAAACUGUGUAAUAUAUCUGAACCAGCCUCAGUAGACGAGCUGCUGAUGAACCUCAUUGUGGGGAAUCUGCUUCCCUCUGCUCUCAUCUGGAUCACCUCCAGACCAGCAGCAGCUGAUCUCAUCCCCUCUGAGUGUGUCCAUCGAGUGACAGAGGUACGAGGCUUCAAUGAGCCACAGAAGGAGGAAUACUUCAGGAAGAGAAUCAGUGAUCAGAGUCUGGCCGACAGGAUCAUCUCACACCUGAAGUCAUCGAGGAGCCUCUACAUCAUGUGCCACAUCCCAGUGUUCUGCUGGAUCUCAGCCGCUGUUCUGGAGAAGAUGUUGAGUCCAACAGAGAGUGGAGAGAUUCCCAAGACUCUCAAUCAAAUGUACACCCACUUCCUGAUCUUCCAGACGAAUAUUAAACAUGAGAAGGACUAUGAGAAGAAUGUGACAGAUGAAGACAUGAUCCUCAAACUGGGGAAACUGGCUUUCCAGCAGCUUGUGAAAGGAAACCUGAUCUUCUAUGAUGAAGACCUGAGAGAGUGUGGCAUUGAUGUGACAGAAGCAGCAGUGUACUCAGGAUUGUGCACUCAGAUCUUCAGAGAGGAGCUGGGCUUGUAUCAGGGGAAAGUCUUCUGCUUUGUUCAUCUGAGCAUUCAGGAACAUCUAGCGGCUCUGUAUGCACAUUUAUCCUGUACAAACAAAAAUAUCAAUGUGUUUGGCCAACCAAAACGAAGUCUGUCUAAGAUUUUUAACUGGAAGAAAUAUAAUUUAUUAUUUGAGCUGCAUCAGAGAGCUGUGGAUGAGGCUUUAUGGAGUAAGAAUGGACAUCUGGAUCUUUUCGUGCAUUUUCUUCUGGGUCUCUCAGUGAAGUCCAAUCAGACUCUCUUACAGAAACUACUCACACAGACAAGAAGCUACUCCCACAACAUAAACAAUACAGUUCAGUGCAUCAAACAGAAGAUCAAAGAGAAUCGCUCUCCAGAGAAAUUCAUCAAUCUGUUCCACUGUCUGAACGAACUGGGUGAUGAUUCACUGAUGCAGGAGAUCCAAGAUUAUCUGAAAUCUGGAAAAAUAAGAAAAGGCAAACUCUCCUCUUCACAGUGGUCAGCUCUGGUUUAUGUGUUGCUGACAUCAGAGCAGAAGAUGGAUGUGUUUGAUGUGAAAAAGUUUAUUCGAGCACAACAUACAGCAGAUGAAGUUCUUCAGAAUCUGUUACCUGUGGUUAAAGAAUCCAGAUCAGUUCGGGUAUGUGGUUGUAAUCUCACUGCUCAGUCCUGUGAAAGAUUGUCUUCAGCUCUACAAUCCUUAAACUCUCUCCUGAGAGAGCUGGACCUGUGUGACAAUGACCUGCAGGAUUCUGGGCUGAAGUUGCUUUCUCAUGGACUGAAGAGUCCAAACUGUCAACUGGAGAUACUAAGACUUUCCAAACGUAAUCCCACUGCUCAGUCUUGUGAAACUUUGGCAUCAGUUUUACAAUCUUCAAACUCCAUCCUGAGAGAGCUGGACCUGAGUAACAAUGACCUGCAGGAUUCAGGAAUGAAGUUGCUUUCUGAUGGACUGAAGAAUCCAAAUUGUCAACUGCAGAUACUGAGAAUUUGCUCAUGUAAUCUCACUUCUCAGUCUUGUGAGAGUUUGUCAUCAGUUUUACAAUCCUCAAACUCUGUCAUGAGAGAGCUGGACCUGAGUAACAAUGACCUGCAGGAUUCAGGGGUGAAGCUGCUUUAUCAUGGACUGAAGAGUCCAAACUGUCGGCUGCAGAUACUGAGAUUUUCCUCAUGUUAUCUCAGUGUUCAGUCUUGUGAAACUUUGGCAUCAGUUUUACAAUCCUCAAACUCUCUCCUAAGAGAGCUGGACCUGAGUAACAAUGACCUGAAAGAUUCAGGAGUGAAGCUGCUUUCUGAUGGACUGAAGAAUCCAUAUUGUCAUCUGGAGAUUCUGAGGUAA